AACAGAUUUGCUAAGUUCGAGGCGCUAUUUUCAAUUUGAUUCUUAUUCUGUAAGCAACAACAAAAUCAAUCUACGUCAUUAGUUAUUUACUAAGCUUUGCCAGAGAGAGAGAGAGAGAGUGCAUGCACUGAUAAGCCGCAGCUUGCUGAUAAGAACUAGUAACAGUUUGGUGUACACCAGAAAACAGAUAUUACCGGCUAAUACAAGUGCUUGCAAUGGCAGCUAUACAAAAUAGCAUGAAAGCGGUGCUAAGAAAGCACAUGAAGGAGCUUAUGAAGACAGCACUCUCGCCAGAAACUAUAUCUAAGCAGUCCGAGGCGGUGACCAUAAAGGUACUGCAGCACGAAGCCUUUCGCCAGGCGCAACGGGUGAGCAUUUAUCUGAGUACCAGCGACGAGCUAAGCACCACUGAGUUGCUCCGCGAGAUGUUUCGCCUCGAGAAGCACGUAUUUGUGCCUAGCUACCAGGGCACGCAAAUGAAAAUGCUGCGACUAAAGGACAUGAACGAAUAUGAACACUUGCCAUUAAGCAAGUGGAACAUCAAACAGCCUGAUUUUAAGGACGCUCGCGAAGAUGCGCUAACCAAUGGACACGGCAUUGAUCUCUUCAUAGUACCUGGCGUGGCCUUUACUCGCACUGGCUCCCGACUCGGCCACGGCAUGGGAUACUACGACAAGUAUCUGCUUCAGCAUGCUGAAAAAUAUCCGCAUAAAAAAACUACCAUAAUGGCCUUGGCUCUAAAUGAGCAGAUGGUUGAAGACUUGCCUAUGGACGAACAGGAUGUGCGAUUGCAUUAUGUGAUGACGGAGCACGCAUAAGACCUAUACGUACACAAACAAAUUGUAUAUACAUAAGUAUAUCAUAAAUAGAUAUGUGUAUAUCGAAAUGUAACUCUGAU